AUGGUGGUUCAUCAUCAUCAUCAUAAUCAACCUCAACACUCAUUUAUUCAAAGAUUCAAAGACAUAGUUCAUCAAUACCCAAAUAAUGUAGCAUUACAUCAAUCAUCAUUAACAUCUAGUAAUAGUAGUAGUAGUAAUAGUAGUAGUGAUGAUAUUAAAUUAACAUACCAAGAAUUAGAUAAACAAUCAUCAUUGUUACAAUCAAUCAUCAUUGAUCAUAUCGUCAAGGACAAUAAUAAUAAUAAUAAUGAUAAUAAUAAUAAUGUAAUAGGAGUAUUAAGUGAACCAUCAAUUGAUUUAAUUGUAUCACUACUUGCUAUUUUAAAGACAAGUCUACAUCCUAAAUACCAAUCCAUCUAUCUACCUUUGGAUGCUACCAGUCUGCCAAAUGAUCGUUUAUCAUACAUUAUAUCAAAUUCAAAUUGUUCAAUUAUACUUGUACAACAUCAAUAUCAUCAUCUGUCAGAAUCAUCAUCAAUAUUUAUCAAUAAUGAAAUAUUAAAUAUAUCAUCUUCAUCCUCUUCUUCACCAAUCGAUAAAAAGAUACUAUGUAUUGAUUGUUUAUUAAAACAACAACAACAAUUCAAUGUAAAUGAAUUAUCAUCAUUGUCAUUAUUGGAUACAACAACAACAACAAGUUCAUUGUUGUUGGAUAGACCGGCAUAUUUAAUUUAUACAUCUGGUAGUACUGGAUUACCAAAAGGAGUUUUAGUAUCACAUAGAGGUAUAGAUAACUUUAUUCAAGAGCAAAUAAGACAGUUUCAAUUGUCACCUGGUGAUAGGUUACUACAGUCACUGCCAAUAUGCUUUGAUGCUAGUUUGUCAGAGAUUGGAACAACGUUGCUAUCGGGGUCGACACUCAUCAUCCCACGAUCACCAAAGGAUAUGGCCAUGGUACGUGCAUCAACCGAUACAUUGUUACAAUGUAUUCAAGACAUGUCUGUCACAUGUAUUAUGCUUGCACCUUCACUACUGUCACAUCUAUCACCCGACCCAAACAAACUAUCAACUCUUAAAACUAUAGUGAUUGGAGGUGAGAUAUGUCCACUUCACGUCAUCCAAAAGUGGUGUAAACAUGUUAGAUUGGUUAGUGUCUAUGGACCUACUGAAACAACUGUUUGUGCAUCUAUACUAGUUUGUAAUGAUUUGUUGUUGAAUAGACAAGAACAAGAAAAUAUAAUCAUUCCAAUUGGAGAUGCAGUUCCAAAUACUAGUAUUUAUUUGGUUGCUUCAAAAGAUGACGACGAGAAAGAGGAAGAUGAUAGUGGUGAAUUAGUACAACUGACAAAGAUUGGAGAUCAAGGAGAGAUUUAUAUUGGAGGUGUUGGAGUUGCAAUAGGGUACUUUGGAAAGGAUGAUUUAACAAGGAAGAGAUUUGUAGAGAAUACAUUUGCAAAGGAUGGUAGCAAGAUGUAUAGGACUGGAGACUGGGGUCGUUUAUUGGCAAAUUCAGAGAUUGAAUUUAGAGGUAGAAUGGACAAUCAAAUCAAAUUAAAUGGUCAAAGAAUCGAAUUGGAGGAAAUAUCAAAGCAAUUGGAUUUACACCCAUUGGUACAUCAAUCUAUUGUUGAUGUUAAAUCAAUUAAUGGUCAAUCUACUUUGAUUGCUUAUUUAAUUUUAAAUCAACAACAACAACAACAACAACAACGACUACAAUGUCCUCAUUUAAAAGAGGAUUUAACAAAUUAUUUAAACAAAAAGUUACCAAUCUAUAUGAUCCCCAAUCAUUUUAUGGUGUUGGAUAAAUUCCCAAUCAAUGCAAAUGAAAAGAUUGAUAGAUCUGCAUUACCCAUUCCAACAAUAUUUAUAUCCUCCUCCUCCUCCCCUUCUUCUUCUCAUUUAAAUCAAACCGAAACCAAAUUAAAACAAAUAUUAGAAGGAAUCAUGUUGAUAUUGAUUAGAGUUGAAGAUGAUUUAAUUUCUUUGGGAUUAAAAUCAAUCCAUUCUAUUCGAUUUAUUGAAACAUUAAGAGACCAAGGAAUCUUUAUUACACCAAAAAUAAUCUAUACUUUUAAAAGUAUCACCCAAAUAUCCAAUUAUAUAGAUACAUCUCAUCCAAAUAUCGACCAAUAUGAAGAACAAUAUUCCGAAUCAGUUGCCAACUUGAAAUCAAUUUCUCAACUAUUUUUAAAUACUAUUAUCAAUCAACCACAACGACAAUCACCACAACUAAAUCUUGGACAAGCCCAAAAAGGUUAUAUUUUAAUUACUGGAUGCACAGGAACCAUUGGUUAUCAUAUUUUUCAAAAUAUGGUCAUUUCAUUCUCUGAUUAUAAAUUGGUAUUUUUGGUUCGAGAUGUUGACAGAGCCACUCAAUUACUGAUCCAAAAAGAUCAACUUGGUUUUGACAAGGAUAGCGUUUUAUUUAUACAAGGAGAUUUAUCACAACCAAAUUUUAAUCUUGAUCAAACUGAAUAUGAAAUGUUGGUUCAAGGUGUACAUUAUAUUAUUCAUUGUGCAGCUAAAGUAAAUAUGAUUAUGACAUUGGAUGAAUCAAUAUCAGACAAUGUAGAAGCAAUGAAAAAUAUGAUUAUCUUUUCAAAGCAAUGUCAUGUUUUAAAGAAAUUACAUUACAUGUCUACCAUGUCAACUAUAUUAUCAACUAGUUUGAAAUGGGGGGAGCUUCAAAACAAAGGAUUCAUUCAACUUGAAGAGGAAGAGCCAUUGGAUUGUACAGACUCUACGAUAAUCUAUGGUGGUUAUGCACAAUCAAAGUGGAUAUGCGAAUAUCUAUUGAUCAACACACAACUACCAUAUACUAUUCAUAGACCAGCAAUGAUUAUGGAUACAACCAAUCGAACAACAAAUUAUUUGGAUGACUUUGUUGCAAUUUGUAAAUCUAUUGGACGUUAUCCAAACCUUCCAAAUUUCAUUCAAACUGAUCAUACCCCCAUACUUGCAUUUGUUAAACAAUUUUUAGAAAAUAUCAUCCCAACUACCACAACAACAACAGCACAUUCGAGUAUCUACCAUUACUACAACUCUUCAUUUCCAUUAACUAGUGGGUUCAUUGGAUCUCAACCUUUUCCAUCAAUACAAGUUAAAGAAUGGAGGAAAUUAAUUUUAAACCAAGACUAUAGUCAAUUCAAGUGCUCACCAAUUGGCAAUCCAUUAGGUUUCAUUCGAUACCUUUCCUUUUUAAACCAGGAUGACCUAAAAUUAUUUACAAUGAUUUUGUUCCCAGGUAAUUUUAGAUUCAAUAAUAAUAAUAAUAAACAACUACAACCACCAUCAUGA